UUUGAAUUUUGUAAGCAUGGAUGUGAGCGUCUUUAUUUCAAACGAAUGUUCUGCAUAGAGAUUGGCUCAGAUUUCGAAACUUGAAUGAGUUACGUUUUUGAAUCUCAACUAUGAUUGGUCCGCCUCGUGUUUGAAUUUGAAUUUAUUAGCCACCAGAGUGAGUUGGAUGCUGGAGAGUGCAGAAAUGGCAGAAAGUGCAGAGUGCAGAAAAAGUUUUUUACCAAAGACAAAGCCCUUCGAGCAAUUUUGGCAACUGACACCAAAGACGAUUCCGGUUCUGAAACGUCAGAAUAUGAGUCAUCGGGGGAGUUUUCGCCCGAUUAUCAGCCUGAUGCUGACGACAACACCGAGGAGGACAGCUCCGAUUGGGAAGAAGAGGAGGGAGCCUCGGAUGAUGCUGCGGAAGCGGUCGGGCAGGACCAGGAUCCAUCGGGCAGCGCCAAUCAUACGGUAUGGAGCUCGAAAAAUAAAAAAGUGAUGUGGCAUCCAACCAACGAAGUGGCUGGACAUUACGUCCCUGCGCGAAUUCCCACGCCUGGCCCCACGUUGUAUGCAGUAGCCAGGAUCAGCAGCCCGGAGACGGCGUUUGCGUUGUUUGUGGAUGAGGAGAUCGUCGCGAAAAUAGUCAAAAUGACCAACCUCCAAGGGCUCCGAACGAUCAACAACUGGUCUCCCCUCAGGCCCCAAGAGCUGCGGGCAUAUAUCGGGCUGCUGAUCCUGGCUGGAAUGUACCGGUCCAGGCAUGAAGCGACGAGCAGCUUGUGGGACAUCAAGACCGGGCGUCCGAUGUUCCCCGACGCAAUGGCUCAUCGGAGGUUUAUGGAGAUCAACCGAAUGCUACGUUUCGAUGAUGAGCUGCGUAGACCACAGCGGCACCAUGCGAACAAACUGUCGCCGAUAUCAGAUUUGUGGAGCAGCUGGAAUUUCCGGCUGCAGAAAAUGUUCAACGCGGGACGUGACGUGUGCGUGGACGAGCAGCUAAUUGCCUUUAGAGGACGCUGCAGCUUCAAACAGUAUAUGCCGUCAAAGCCCGCAAAGUAUGGCAUAAAAAUUUGGGCCCUCUGUGACGCUCGAACAUCCUACGCAUUGAUGCUGGAGGUCUACACCGGGAAGCCUCCAGGGGGCACGCGUGAACACAAUGUAGGAAUGCGUGUGGUGCUGGGACUCGCUGACGCGCUGGAAGGGCACACAAUAACAGUGGACAACUUUUUCACAUCAAUACCCCUUGCAGCAGAACUGAAAAAAAAAAGAAACUCACUUGUGGGUACUGUAAGGAGGAACAAGCCGGAGCUCCCUGCACAAGUGACACAAAUAACAGGAAGGCAGCCCCUCUCCAGCAUUUUCUGCUUCACCAAAGACAUGGCUUUGGUUUCAUACGUCCCCAAAAAAGGGAAAAAUGUGCUCGUGCUCAGCACAGCACACAAGGAGCCUAAAGUGGAGGACGGGGGCAAAAGAAAACCCCAAAUGACAUUGGAUUACAAUAAAUCUAAGGGAGCAGUGGACCACCUGGACCAGGCGUGUGGCACAUACUCAACUCGCCGGCGAGCACAACGGUGGCCAAUGUGCCUCUUCUACCACAUGCUGGACAUUUCGGCCUUCAAUGCCUUUUUGCUGUACACCUCUGUGAACCCGGGUUGGAACGGCAACAGACUUUACAGGAGAAGGCUGUUCCUCGAGGAGGUCGGCAAUGCGUUGAUCAUGCCAGAGGUUCAUCGGAGAAAGCCGCAGACCGCUGCAGGUGAGGUGCAGGCUGCUGUGCCCAAGCGAAAACAAUGUGGCCUCUGCACAGACAAACUCAUUGCAUCCAAUGCAUGCGAAAAGUGUGGUACCCCCAUUUGCCGCAAACACAUGAGGAGCCUCUGCAAAAACUGCUGAAAAAAACAAACAAGUUCUGAAAAGUGUUGUUGUUCUUGUUCAGUAUUUGGUGGUGGAUUAUUACUUUAUAUAAAUUCUGUUAUAAAUUCUUCAUAGUUGUUGUGACUUUCCUUUUCAAGGUUAUAUGUGUAUGGAUAGCUCUGAUGCCACUGAACAUUUUGGCCAAAGAAAACAGAUGGUUUGAAAGAGGAGUAAAGGAAGCUAUUUUUGUCAAACAACAGAACCCAUCAUUGAAUCGGAAUGGUGGUUUGAGGUUUAAUUUGGACCCUGUGUUCCGCAGGUUACUGAGACCAAAACCCACAGCUCUUAGUCUUGCAAAUGAGGUGGAGCCAGGGCCGAGCCAGAACAAUAGAUGCUAACAAGCCAGUAUCAGAGUCGUUCAUACCCAAUUCAGGGAGCGACACGUCCCUUUUAUCGGAGGUGUUAAUAACAGGAUAGUAUUAUACCACUACUCCGCCCAGGCUUAGUGUAACGAACCAAUAGGAGGAGCGCGUUGGCACACCAAAUCCGCCCACUCUUACUGUAUUUAAGGCCUAAGCUACCAGCACUUUUUAGUUUGCUGACGAAGCUCUUCGGAUGAGGAGCGAAACGUCCGACACCUUCUUCACAGAAGUACAGAUGACGUCUCAAGAAGCCUUUUCCUCGAUAAAAAAAAUAUUCAGAAAUUACUUAGUUAUCGCACUUAAAAUACUUCUACAAUUUUAGUAAAAUUUGUGUGAUGCGUUAUAUAUAUUUUUUUUUGCUACCACAAGGGUUUAGAAAUCAUAUAAAACAUGUAAAAUUGUGUUUUGAACAAUUAAAGAAAUAAUACAAUCAUUCAAAUAAACGAUUAAUGAUUAAGCACCACUGUCAGAAUGAAAACUAAUUCAUGGCUCUGUUUACGAUCGGCCAUAGUUUCAGCAGAAGCGUGCCGCUGCGUUACGCAUUACGCACUUACCAACGCGGAACAAAAAGUAGUUCCCACAAACAAGAUCUCAAUCAUUUAGCUACUUCCCAAUGUCUUCCUGUUAAUGGUAUUCAUUACCUCAAAGAAGUAUCAAAGUAUCCAUAUUUUGAUUUGAAAAUCGAUUUUAGAGCACAAAUAUCUGGUGUCGGAGGUAUCGAUAUUUCAGCAUGGCGCUACUUGGGGGCAUUUCACUGUGGCCACCGUUCAGUUUUCACCGGCUGCACAGAUGUUGUACUUUAGGCGAUAUUAUAAAGGUUUAGAGCAGGGCCGGUGGGCAAAGUCCUCAAAGUCCGUUCUGUUUUGGAAACC